AUGCCUUUGGCGCUCGAGAGACUUGGAUUUUGGAUGGAUCGGGAUAAUUUGAAUUUUACAGUUUGCGGUGAAGUUUUGGCAACUGGUUUGUGAAUAAUAUUUUUUUUUCGAAACGUAUAAUUAUUUUUCUAAAUGUAAGACUCUUCUGGAUUAACAGCACUGGUUGACUACCUCAUUUUUGAACAAAAUCGGUAUAAUGAAAGUUUCUCAAAUAUUACAAACUUCCCAAUUGAAGAUCAAGAUAAGACAAAAUUGUUUCACUUCGAAAUAACAUUGAAAAGUUCAAUGGGAUUCCAGGAUAAUAGAACAAUUAAAUUGAAAGCAGUUGAUACAAAAGGAUUCUUGGAGCCCGCAGUAUGGCGGAUUCAAGAAGUUGAGAUAACUGGAAGUUGUAUUGAUUCGAACAAUAUGAAUAGAAAUUCGACAAUUGAUGAAUGGGUUCCAAAAUUGAAACGUGUCAGCAAAAAUGCGCAAUUUUUUAUGAAUGAAGUUAUUCGAAAAAUUCCAUUCGAAGAUCAGCAUUUCUUUCAUAAGAAUUGCACAAUUUUUCACAAAUGGAUUGAUCCAUUCUCAAUAGGUACGAUUCAUUUUUUUGUUUCAUUGAUACCCAAUUUCUGUUGUUAUUUUAGAAACAUAUUUUGAAUGGCUUAAAAAAUUCAGCGCACUUUUCAAACAUCGAGCUGAAUUGAACACGGUUAUUAUUUCUGAAAAUAUUGAUCAUAUCGUCUUCCGAACUUCGCAUAUUUUUGUAAAUAAAACAAACGAUGAUAAAACUGAAAAUUGGCAUUUUAUUAUUGAAGCAACUUGUGAAGAAGAUUGGACAAUUCGACAAAUGCAAUUCAGACCAGAUUAUGAUAUUUUCAAUAAUAUUGAGAGACACACAGAAGUAAUGACUCAAGAAAUUGAUAUUUUGAUUCGAGGGUGGGUUGAUUUUCUGGAAAAAAAUUUUAAAAAUUCAAAACUUGAAGCUUGUAUCUCAAUUUCAGAAUUGAAAACAUUUCGCAAAACCGAUCAAAUAGAAACUUCUACAAACUUGAAGAAUAUGGAAAUGCAAUACAUUUUGAUAAUCCUGAAUUAGUUCCUAAACAUGACAACAAAACCGAUCUUUUCGUGAAAGUAUUUGAAAUUCCACCUUCGCUAAAACUCCUAAAAUGCGAUAAGAUUGUGAAAAAAGAAGGUUGGAAUCUGAAAGCCACAAUGUUUUGUCAAUAUUGUCAGUAUUGUUCAAACAAAUUCUAUUAUUCGAAUAAUAAUGUGAAAUUUUCAAAAAUAUUGAAAUUGGAAAUUGUUGCAGAGAUGGUGAAUUUUUUUUUAUUACAUAGAAUUCUAUUAGAAUUUUUAAUUUUUUUAUAGAAUGAUAAUAAGAUUGAAGCAAACUUGAUGGAAAUCAAGGUAUUUGAUACAAUUCAUAUUAAAAAUGGGGUAAGAUAAUAUUUUAAAAAGUAGAAGAAGAAUGAAUUUUCAGGAAGUAGAAGUUGCGAUAAAUCACAAUUCGAUUGCUAGAAAUAUUACAAACUUAUUAAUUGGACAAUCAAGUUUUGAAUAUUUGAAUUGGGAAGAGAAUUUCAAAAAAUUACAAGAAUAUAUUAGAAAAGAUGAUUUUGAUGUGAAAAUUUGUGGAAAAUCACACAAAGAAAAUCAAACAAAAAUAUUUGAAAAAUAUUUGGAAAUAAAUAGAAAAUUAACCAAACUUUCAAAAUACAAUAUUGAAGUGCUCACCAAAACUGAAGAAUUUGGUAUAAACUUUACAAUUGGCUACACUUCAAUAAAUUCCAUGGGCUUUUUUAUGACUGAAAAUUACACGAUUGCUGCUGUAACAUUUUAUAAGAGCUGCAAAACAAAACACUGUGGAGUUCGACCAAAACAAUGGCGAAUAAAAUCAAUUGAAAUUAAAGGAGCUUGUCUUUUUGAGAAUUUUGAUUCUAGAUAUAUUGAUGUUUUAAAUCCUGAAAAUCUACAAUUUGGAAAUGAAAUUGAUGCAUUUAUCAGCAAAGUUAAGUAGGUUUUUUCUCAUAAAUAAAAACAAUAACAAGAUUUUCAAGAAUUCCGCACAUUGGAAACAAAGGCAAUAUUAAAUCUCAAUAUUCCAAGAACUUUGAAGGAUACAUUAUGACAAACUCGAAUAUUAGUGAAGUUUAUAAAUUUGAAGAUUUCAAAAAAUAUAUGGGAAACUUUGUGAAGGUUAACAAAUUGAAACGGCAAUUGAAUACAACAAGAAUUAUAAAUGAACAAAAUCGUGUGUUUUUCAAAGUUUCAAUGAUUUUUGAACAAGAUCUUCGUAAAAAUCAAUAUGAAUGGAUAUUUUACAUUCAAGGAUCCAAAAAUUCAAAAGAAAAAUGGGAAAUAACAAAAGUUGCGAUGUCACCAAGUUUAGAACUUCUUACAAGUAAUACGUUGAAUAUAUAA